UGACGCUAAGGCAAAAAAGAAGAAGAUUGUGAUAAAAAAAUAUAAAGAACAAGAGUGCUUGCGUGAUUAGAAUAUGACGCUAGUACUAACGAGAGUGGAUUACGCGAGUGUGGGUGUCACGUCGCGCAGUACCAUGCGGCUUCUACCUACUUCAGAGCCUAAACAAUAUCAACGCUUCGCCGUUGGCGAUCACGAUGGGGUUUUACAUAUUUUUGGUUUCAAGAGGAACGAGAUGCAAGUACUUUUCAAAUCUCUCCCUGGUCCGAAAAUCGAAAAAUUGGUACUAGGUGGCUCGACGUCUCAACCACGUGACAAAAUUUUUCUCGCUCACGGCAAUACCGUGAUGGGUUAUACGAGAAAGGGUAAGCUAUUCCUCGAGUUCGAUACAAGUUUAAUCGAGCCGAUCACCGCCAUGUAUGUAUUGGGAGCGGAUUUGGCAGCGUGCGCUCGCGAUCUUUAUCAUAGGUACCGCGAUUGCAAGGAUGCCGAUUCGUAUUUGGCUGGCGAGAGACUUCUCGACGUGGUUCUUUUACCCGUCGGCACCACUGCGAUAGUAGCCGUACUCGCGUGCGGAGAUUGCGCUAUUCGAGUACUUUACGGUACGAAAAGCCCUGCCGUAUUGAGACUUGCGAGUGUUCCAACGAUACUCGUACCAUACAGGGAAGGAUACGUCGAAUCGAUCGAUCGAGUUAUGAUGGGCACAAUGGAUGGCAGAGUCGGUUUAUUAAUGCUGGACAGCGACAAAAACGUACGCGUCAGCUGGUUACUCAACAAGACCGCUUCGGAAAUCACAUCCUUGGACACAUUCGAAAUCGCCGAGGGCAUUGAUUUAAUCGUCGGUAGACAAGAUGGUUCGGUUGAGAUCCAUAGCUUACCACCCGACGAGGAUGCUAUGCCAUUGCUCAGAUUUCAAUACAGUGCAGGUGAAAGUAUCAGUACAGUGAUCGGUGGCACGAUAGGCUCGGUCGAUUACCCUGAACUUCUCGUGUCAACUUACUCUGGUAAAAUUUUUGGAUUGACCACGAAGCCGCCAGGUUUACUAGAAGCAGCUCAAGGGAAUGUUGCUAUUUUAAAACUUAAAACUGAGAUACAACAACUCGAGGAGGAGCUCAAGAAGGAAUACACGACACCGUUCUCCGGGGAUACCUUGACGCCGAUGAUACUGUCGGUGAAUCACCGGAUGACGCUAAACAAAGAAGACGCUUCGUACUCAUUAGUAAUAGAAUUGGACAGAUCGAUCGACAAUAUUUUAAUACAAUCGGAUACACCGAUCGACAUGCUCGACGUGGAGGGCAACAAUGCAGUGAUGAGCCGUUCGAGCUGCGAUCCUAAUGAGGGCAAUUUUGCCCUGGUGACUUAUCGGUGCCAAGAUAAUACCAAUAGAUUAGAGAUGAGACUGAGGAGCAACGAAGGUCAACCAGGCACCCUGCAAGUUUACGUUACUUCGCAGAUACAGCCAAAAUGUUGUCGAAAAAUCGGAGUGCCGAUUUGUGCCUUGUCACUCCAUACGAGAUUGUUCGUGGACGAUAAGGAAUCGAUUAAGGGUGGUCCGUUCAACGAGCUGCGACUGACUGGAAGUUUUUCUAUGGCUGAGAUUCACGCAUGGCUGGCGCUUGCACUACCUGACGUACCUGAAAGACCAAUACAAGAGAAUGACUCGGAAGCUAGCAUGAUUUACACUUCAACUUUCAUCGGCACUAUUUUAAAAUGUAAAUAUAAAAAAGGUAGCGCGUCAUUUAUGAGUGAAAACGUUUCUACGAUAAUCAUCUUACGCGACAUUUUGACCAAAGAAGCCACGAAACGUAAAAUUAAACUUGAUGUAUUCUGCGAUAUUACCGAGGCAAGUAUAACCAGAGUACUCGAGUUAAUUCUUCCACGACUGAAAGAAGCGCAUGAAUUGAUGGAAAAAAUCAAGAUUUUGGACGCACUUGAUACGUGGGAAAUGAAAGCGACUCCUGCGGAAUUAUGUACUGAAUAUCAGGAAUUAAUAAGCAAGGAAGCCGAGCUACGAAUGCAAAUGACAAAGGAUGCAGAAAUUUUACAACGAUUACAUGCAGUCAUCAUUGAUUUGUACGUUGACUGGGAACGUGCUAGAGGUUCUCGAAGAAUUUCAAUUAGGCAAGCAUCGGAAAAAUUAAAAGACGCAUUAGCCUCAAUGGACAUAUCAACUAUUCAACAAGUUUUCGUCCAGAAAGACAUUUCCGAACCUGUCGCUGUCUCCGUACCUGUGUUAUUGUGACAGUAAGGUAUAUCAGAAACGAGACAAUAGAACAAUAAACUAUGUUUAUGUAAA